GGUGGUGGGUGUCGUCGAUAGUGACGCACGUGUCUAUCUACUCGCGGUUCAUCGCGGCGGGUAUGCGAUCCGGAGAGACGCAAUGGUGCAUCGUAUUGUGACCAAGCGACCGAAAACCGGCCGAUAUUUUAGUGACGAGCAAUUGAAGGGCCCUGAUGAUGGUGAAGCCCAGCAUUUGAUCAGAGCUCCACACACUUUCGUGAUAACACAAGGCAAAAGCGACAGAGUCGAACGAGAGCUAUGCGCCGAUGUGCGGAAAGUCAUGGAGCCGUUCACAGCCUCGAAGCUGAAAACAAAGCGGAAGAAUACAGUGAAAGACUUCGUUGCCAUGGCGGGUUUCUUCCACGUGACUCAUAUGCUGGUUCUGAGUAAGACGACCGGCGGGAAAAUGUUCCUGAGAGUGAUGCAUUUGCCUCGCGGACCGACACUGACAUUCGAAAUAAGGAGCUUCACCACGGCCGCUCUCGUCCGGAAAACCUUGAAGAAAGUCGUACAAAUGGCGAAUCGGCCCAUGUCGGGCGCACUCCUCAUCCAGAAUAACUUCCUCGGUCCGGGUAUGCACUUCAAGCUGAUGUCCACGAUGUUCCAAAACAUGCUACCUAGCAUCAAUAUCAACAAGGUGAAUCUGAACAAUGUCAAGCGCUGCUUGCUGCUCAACUACAACGGCGAGCGAGAUGUAGUUGAAUGGAGACACUACGCGAUAAAAGUUGUGCCUACUGGAAUCGCGAAAGCAGCGAAACGACUUCUGGACAAGAAGAUACCCAAACUCGGAAACCUGACAGAUAUAUCGGAUUUCGUCGACAAUCCAGAUGCGUCUGAAUCAGAGGCAGACGAACUACUCGCUGGAACGAACCGGGUAAUCUGCCCAGAGGGAGUCAGUGCUAGGGGGAACAUUCCCGGUAAACAGAGCGCAUUGAAGCUCUAUGAGCUGGGUCCAAGGCUCACAUUGAAACUGGUGAAAAUCCACAGCGGUCUAUGUGAGGGAACGGAACUAUACGGUCAGGACAAUGUCAUACCUGAACUGCCUCAAUACCAAACCAAGCCUGAGGACAUCGCUCCGCCUCCGAAGAAGCGGAAGCGUCCAGAGAAAGUCAAGAAGACGCGGACACCUCAAGAGAAGCACGCGGCGAAAAUGCAACGAAGAAAGGAACGACAAGCGCUCGACGCUAGGAAGCAGUCACAGGAGGGCGUCACCGAGCAACACACAGCGGAAAACAGACCCAUGAAGAGCAGAUCCACGACCGCCCAACAAAGGGUUCGGGGAAUACCAGAUGGGAAAGCAGGUUCCUCAGCAAAACGUCCUACCAAGAGACACCGUCGAAUAUGAGCGCAACGCAUCGUGGAUAAUAAAAAUGGAGCUGAAGUUCUUGAAUCCC